GAGCUAGUCUUCACUUGCAAAGUGUGCGGCUUUGUGGAGGAAGUCUCCAUGGAAAAACAGGAUGCAAGUGAUCCUGGCACCGGCUUCAAGCGGAUUGACGACUUGUGUGUAUUUCGGCAUGAUGUGCUUUUCGUGGCCAAGGAAUCCAUCAUCGUCAUGCCAGACGUAAUCCACGACCCGACCUUGCCGCGGGUUUACGACUACGAUUGCCAUAUUUGUGGUCACAACGAGGCUGUUUUCUAUCGUCUGUCUGAGACCAUUGUGAGCGAUGCGAUGGCCAUUAUCUACGUUUGUUGCAAGUGUUCAAACUGGAGGACGGAGGGCCGAGAGGUCCAAUAUUCCGUUCCCCAAGAGGAUCGCCGCGGUAUGGGAACACUGGAGACAAUCAUGAAGCAUGGAAAGGCUUGA